AUGUUGGCAGAUAGAUGCUGCGAAAUUGCGCAACAGUGCUUCCGGGAAGCUGGUCGUAGUCGCCGAUUAGGAUUUGCAGAUAGCAGCUUAUUCCAGCCACAGACUAAGCAAUUAAAUGGAAAAGAAAAGAAACGUUGGGAGAGAGUUUCGCGUGAGCGUAACAGCGAUAUUGAGAAUCUGGUUCUGGAAGAGUUGUAUGAGGAGCAGGGCAAAAGUUGGCAGGAUAUGAUUGAGAAUUAUGAAGAUGAGAUCAAACGUGAGCUGGUUGCCGAGCUGUGGAACGAUGAAUUGAAUGAAUCGCUUUCAUCGAUGAUUCCAUCUGCGACCAACAGUGCUUAG